GAAAGUUGUAACCUUUUGAAUCAGCGUGAGAGUUGCUAAAGAUGAAAGAUAGAGAAGGCGAUGGGAAUCUUGACAACAGAAUCUUCGUGGGAGGAUUGUCUUGGGAUGUCACAGAGAGGCAGCUUCAAGAUACUUUUCACCGCUACGGAAAAAUCAUCGAGUGUCAGAUCAUGGUGGGGAAAGAUACUGGCCGCCCACGUGGUUUUGGGUUUAUUACAUUCACAGAUCGCCGUGGAGCUGAUGAUGCAAUUAAACACAUGCACGGGAGGGAGUUAGGUGAUAGGGUCAUCUCAGUGAACAAGGCUGAGCCUAAGGCUGGGGGAGAGGAUGUUGACCAUCUUCGUAAGAGUGGAAGAGGUGCUGGUGAAGAUGAGUGCUUUAAGUGUGGACGCCAUGGUCAUUCGGCUCGAGAAUGCCCAUCAAGUGGUGGUGAUCGAGGACGGUACAGAGAUCCUCCUCCAGUGCGCUCUAGAAUUGGAUCAUACGAUGGACACCGAGAUCGCUAUGAGGUGGAACGGGACCGUUACAUGGAUGGUCGUCGUGAUGGUGGACGGUAUAACGACAGAGACCGCUACGAGGAUGGACACAAGUAUGAAGCUCGUGAUCUCUAUGCAAUGGAGAGGUAUGGUCCACGUGGACACCGUUUGGUGAGUGAUAGGUAUAGGAUGCCUGAACACCAUCAUCUUCUUGAGGAUGAUUAUCGAAGGGGAGAGAGAGGCUAUGACAGGGAGAGAUACGCAAGAGGAGCAAGUGAUAGGUAUGGAGACAUGGGACCAUUACGUGAUGAGGGAAGAGCCUACAGAAGCAGACGAGGCCCCUAUGACCGUCCUAGCCGAGCUGGUGGCCGAUCUUCUUCACAUGAGCGUUGGUAGUUUGUUCAGCUAAUGGAUAUCAAUGCUUGUGUUUUGGAUUUUAAGGAUAUAUCAGAACUUGUUCUCUCUAGAACUAAAAUAGUUAUGUUCUUAGGAUCUUGUUAAUUCCCAGAAAAAAAAACUCAAUGCAUUCCAAUUUCCAAACUCAAUAGACUCAUCACAUAAAAGCUUUCUGAAAGAUUCUCUUUUACUCUAAACGAACGUACCAAAAUUGAUGUAUAUAGAACACUUGAAACAGGGCAUCAUAGAUCAAGCUCACUCAGCUAAACUCUAAAGUUGAAAUUCAAGAUUUGAUACGAAAAUAACAGAAAGGGAGGAAACUUGGCAUUACAAUGGAACUCGUAAGGACAAAUAGACAAAGAAACACAACACAAAAAGGUUCCACAAUCGUAAAUCUUUAAUCUUACUCACGAAGUUGUCCGAUGUAGAAAUCCUCGAUCAUGUCGAAAACACGAGUGGCGUGUUGUGGUCCGAAAAACCCAUCAGUAGAAUCAUCACCAGCGUGAUCUAGAAUGGCGUCACCACCAGGAUGCUCUUCAACAUAAGAAGUAACAUCAUAGACUUUAUCUUUGAUUAUGAUCCAACAAUCUUCUCUCUUGUUGUGUACUGCGACUUCACUCUUGCUGUAACUUUUUGGCUUUGACUUUUCAGACUCGUUACUAGAUUGCUUCUUCUCCUCACCACCGUUAGAUCUUCGCUUUCCUUGUAUUAAGAACAAUGCUGAAAUCAGAAAACCCAGAAGCAAUCCGAUCACAGCUAUCAUCUUCUUCGGGAGAGGAUGGAUGAAAAUUUGGGUCUCUUUUGGUUUACAAGUGGAGGGAGAGAGUGGUGGGGUGGUGGGUUUAGAUCCAGAUUGCUCAC